UCAGCAGCAAGAGAUAUGAAUCCGAUAAACCAUAAUCAAUCUCAGACGUCUGCACUGCUGCUGUUGUGUGCGCGAUGUCAAACGGGGAGAGGGUAGUUUUGGCGCUUGGCGGAGCAGGAACUGUGGGGUCCGGAAUAGUGAAAGCGCUCCUGGAUAGAGGUUUCAAGGUUGCUGUGAUCUCCAGAGACAACAGCAAGUUGGAGAAACUCAAGGGAUUUGUUUCACCUAACACAAAAAGUAACCUGACCACUUUAGUAGGCAAUGUUGGCUCAGAGGAAGGAGUAGAAGAGGUGAAACAGUCCUUGCUUAAGUCUGUGGGAAAAAUCACAGACGUUGUCUCCUCUUUGGGCUUCAGCUGGUGGCAGGGAGGUCUGCCACACACCCAACCCCUCAAAGAACUGCACUGGGUUAUGGAGACUCUGCUGUUCAGCACCUUUGUGUCUUGGAAAGCUUUCUUUCCCCUGGUGAGAGAUGAUCCUAACUGCACCUACACAUUCAUCACAGGAGGGGCUGGAGAGAAAUUGCUAAUGCCUGGCACAGGGUUCUUGACUGUAGGGGCAGCUAGUGCUCUGGCUUUUUGUCAGGUUCUGCGUGAUGAGUACCCAGAUGUGCCAUGCAAACUCAACCAGGUGAAAAUCAAUACAGGAGUGGCAGCCCCAGAACGAAUGGCCCCUGGGUACCUGAAUCAUUUGGAUUUAGGCAAGGUUGUGGCUGUGCUGGUGGAGCGCCGGAACACGUCUCACACCGUCUUCCCUGUCAGCUCUCCUGCUGACCUAAAAACUGUUAUCUUGGAGGGCAAUCUGUAACCAUAAUGAAGAAAAAAAAAAAAAAAAAAAAACUCAAAACUACAUCACUUUUUCCUGUCACCAGUAUGCGUGUAUUGUUUUAUUGCAUGUCAUAAAAACAUUUCUGCAUUGAGCAUUCCAAGCUUCGUAAUAGUACAGUCAUAGCGUUGAAAUCACAGCGUUGAAAUAUUCUUAAUGCUUGAAACAAAUCAACAUAAUAUCCAAUGGAGUGGUACAGAUGUUUUGGAGCAUCUAGUCUAAAUGAGGCCCCAGCCAAGAGAUCUUGACAUUGAAGAAUGGAGAGAAAAAUGUGAGAACAGGAUGUGAAAUCUUGUUUUUCUUGGUUAAAGAGAAAAAGGGGAAAAAAAUUGGCAGGUUUUUGGCACACUUGCGACCCUCUAGCGUGACUCCCUGCCCUGGUUCACCCAAAAUUUAUCUGGCUGCUAUUUAUAUGGCUCCAAUUAUUCCCAGCCGUGUGGCCCAUAUUAAACAGUGUGUAUGGGGCUAGGGGUUCAAGAAUAGCUGGCCCCCAAAAGGAGAGAGAACAGAGGGCAUUGUUAUCUUUGUUUACUAUUAUUAUCAUAUUUGCAUAAACACUUUAGUGGCAUCAAUGUAAUUUUUCCAAUAAAAGAAUAUGGAUUCAGUGAAGUGUCUAAUUGGUUUUUUAAGUG